CUAGAUAAAAGUCCACCACAGUCUCCACUAAACCGACAAAAUCGAUUGCUUUUGUCUUUUUGUUCACGUCAGCACCCAAAACCGUGUGCUCUCCACCCGUUGAUCCUCCAAAACCGACGUCCCCUAAGCCGCCUCCCCGGGCACUCUCAAAAUAUAAAUCCCCAAAAGGUUUAGCACCAUUCUGCCAAUACAACAAAUCUUUUAAAAAAUGUGUAGGUCUACGGAUUACAACGACUUUCGUUCCGGCCAUCAAAAUCUUUUGAAGAUCAAAGCUUUCUUUGUACGGUUCUCGGGUUUGGAUUCUUGUACGGAGCCGUUAUCCGAUUCGCUCACUCUACUUUACCCGCCCAGAAUCAAUGAGAAGACGCUUGAAGUUUCCGGGUCCAAAGUCCGACCCGAUCUCCCGGCGUUUGUCACUCUCCACCGGAUGGUAAACGUGAAGACGAAAAUUGGAGAGGCGAUAUAUGGGAGCAGGGAGCGGGUUCGGGCCGAGGAUGGGGUCUGUUUCGAGGUUUACUCAAGAAAGGAAAAGGUGUUGAAAGGGAUUUUCAGGAAAGAUGACAGGCAAAAGUGGAAAUUGGAAUGCAAGUGCGCCAUCGAGAGAUGGGAUGGCGAAACUGUUGGCGUUGACAGGGCAGUGGCGGAUGUGUGCGUGGCGGUGGAGGGAGACGUGCCGAUGGGAGAGAGGGUGGAGAUGGUAGUGAGGAAGAGGGGGAACAACAGGAGGGUGGGUUUCGAUCAGCUGGAGGAGAUACCAGAGGAGAGGGAAGGAGAGAGUGAAUCGGACGGUGGAUGUUGUUGCAGUUGUGGGGAAUCGGACGGUGAAGGUUUGGAAGGAAGGUGUGAUGGAGAUUGCGGUGGGGGCCAGGAGAUGGAUAUGGAGGGAGUGAGCUGGGCCGUUGAUGUGGGCCUUUGGGUCAUGUGCUUUGGGGUUGGAUACUUGGUCUCCAAAGCGUCUGCCAAGAGCUUGAGGCGCAUGAGACUACUUUGAGUUUGAGAGAAUCAACAAAGGGCCCUUUUUUGUCAAUUUAAAAUGUAAAUUACCCAAUUUUGGAACUUUGAAACUCGAAUUUAUAGUGAUUAUCAUUAGUUAUUACCAAUUCUUGUUUCAUAUUCAAA